AUGAGUUUUCAGUUUCCUUCUCCAUCUGACGAUUUUCAGACUCAGGCACAGAACCAGUUUGACCAUUUUAUGGAAUGGACAGUAAUAGCGUCCAUUGCUUCUGGAGUGGUGGGGCUGAUAGCUACUAUAGCAGUAGUAUAUGCCAUUAUUCAAUGCUUAAAGAAGGCGGGAGAAGCAAUUCCUGCAUAUGCCCAGCUUCCGACUACAGAGAAGGAUCAUAAAGCAUCAAAGUCAUUUCCUUCGAGUAGAGAAGUUGAAGUAGUAAUAGAACCAGCUUCCAAGGUUCAAGGUUCUAAAACUGAGUUUGCAACAAUGGAAAGAUUCCUCAGCAACAUUAACAAGGAGAAACCUAUCAGAUUCUCUCCUGAGGAGCUAGAUAUAAUUACAUGGGACUACUCAACCAUAUUGGGUUCAGGUGCUUUUGGGGUUGUCUACAAAGGAGAAUUGUCCAAUGGAGACAUUGUGGCUGUGAAAGUUAUCAACAGUUUGGACAUGGGAAUGGAAGAACAAUUAAAAGCAGAAGUUGGCACCCUUGGAAGAACUUACCAUGUCAAUCUAGUCAGGCUUUAUGGAUUCUGCUUCCACCGUGACAAGCGAGCUCUUGUUUAUGAGUUUGUGGAAAAUGGGUCUCUGGACAAGCACUUGUUUGGCAGCCAGAACCAUGACAUUGAGUUCGGGAAGCUUCUUGAGAUUGCAAUUGGAACAGCAAAAGGUAUCGCUUAUUUACAUGAAGAGUGUCAAAAAAGAAUCAUUCAUUAUGAUAUUAAACCGGAGAAUGUUCUUCUUGACAUGAACUUGGAGCCAAAGGUAGCAGAUUUUGGCCUGGCAAAGCUUUGCAACAGAGAUAAUGAUGUUGCAGUCAACACACACUUUAGAGGAACAAGGGGAUAUGCUGCACCAGAAAUGUGGAAGCCUUUUCCAGUGACUCACAAGUGCGAUGUUUACAGUUUUGGUAUUCUCCUCUUUGAAAUGGUUGGGAGGAGAAGGCAUUUUGAUGAUAACUACGGAGAAUCACAACAAUGGCUUCCACAAUAUACAUGGGAUAUGUUUGAGAAUAAUGAGUUAUCCGUAAUGCUUUCACUUUAUGGAAUGGAAGAGAAAGACAGGGAGAAAGGUGAGAGAAUGUCAAAGGUGGCUCUGUGGUGUGUUCAGUAUAAACCAGAUGAUAGACCUCUCAUGAGUACAGUGGUGAAGAUGUUAGAGGGUGAAAUUGAAAUUUCUCCACCUCCAUUUCCCUUCCAAAACCUGGUGUCCGUUAAGCCAAACUUGACUCGACAAGGUAGUAGUACUGCAGAUUCAGAUACUACCUUGUCAAGGGAGACAUCAUACCCUGAAUCUGGCUCCAAAAUCAAGCGCAAAACAUUUGAGAUCGAAGAACGAACCUAA